UAUGCACUCGCUGAUGACAUUUUCAGGAAGCCUGGAUUUUUAGUCCUGACCGGCCUAAAGAAGAAAUUGGCAAUCCGCAAUUUAAUAGAGGGAUGUCCAUUUAUCAUGUGGUUUUUGUCUUAUGACAACACAAAAUUGAUAAAGACCAGUUUGACCGAGUUCCUAGUACUCCACUCCAGUCCACUCCACAUCUGUAGAAUUACUGCCUCGGCAUAAGCAAAAUCUCAAUCCCUUUCAUUUUCGGAAAAAGUAAAACCCUUAGCAGUAUCAGCAAAGCCUCUUGAGCAACCAUGGCCACCGCGCUACUCACCAGAUUCCUCAGCCGCACAACCCCCAGGACCACCACCCGUUUGAUCUUCUCCUCGUCUCCCUCCUCCUUCCCCCAGAACUCGGAUGAAGACCCAGCAAAGAUAAUUGCAAUCCGAGACUACAAUGAGGAGCAACCAAGAAGGAUCCAUCAAAUAGCCCAUCCACUCCAAACUGGAGGUCCAGAAGAGGCCAUCAUAAACCUUGUAAGCCCGAUCGGUUGGUACCUUAGGCUGUGCAUGCCGGGGGUUGCAGAAGAUGGCUUCAAGGCUUGGGUGGAUAAGGAUAGCAACACCCUUUUCUACAAAGGGUAUGGCGAGAUUGAGGAUGAUUCUGAGACUUCCGGCAGGAAUUACGGGGGCAACAUAGAAUUUGAACCCAGUCUUUUCAAGGUUGAGGAGAUUCAGCCCAAGAUGAGGCAUGGGAUAUUGAGGAUUCUCGUGCUAGGUCAGCAUCAACCUGGAUCUAAAUAUGACCGGGGUUAAACCCAGUUGGAUUGUGCCUUCUGCUCUUCGAUUCCAGCUAUGUUUAGCUACUUUUGUGAUGGUUACUGGGGUCAUCUUUUGGAUAUUAGUGUAAAAUUGAUGAUAGAUCAUGAUGAUGGCUUGGUCUAUCAAUUCUUGUCUACAGUACUUGACAUAUGAGGAGUAAGUAUCAUGUAGUCU